UACCGUACAUAUGAAGGGGAAGGGGAACACAGCCAUUUUGCCCAUUCCGAAUUUCGUCUAUCUUCUCGGAACAACGUUUUUGGUGGCGCAGAUCUGCGAACUUCUAAUUGUUCUUAUCCGAUUUCCGCUUCCGGGCCUGAACUCCCACGCCGAUUAUCGUCUUUGAACGUAUUCGUCGAGAAGAACUCGAGAUUCCUCCUCUGAAUCAUGGGUUUCUGGACGUUAAUGGAAGGAUUUCUUCUGUUUGCAAACGCACUCGCGAUCCUCAAUGAAGACCGUUUCCUGGCUUCAAGAGGAUGGACAUUAUCAGAGCUCCAAACCGGCAGAAGAAACUCACUCAAAGGCCAAACGAUCGGUCUCAUCAACGCUUGCCAGUACAUGAGACUGCCCCUCAUGCUCUUGAACACUAUAGUUAUUGUCUUCAAGCUCUUCUCCGGUUGAUAGUUCAGUUGGGAGGUAUUAACAUCUUUAGAACUCAAUCCAAACAUUUCUUGUCAAUCCGAAGUUUGCUUGUUGGGGUAUUUUUGCUGGAUUUGAAUGAAACCCUUUCCCCAAAUUGCGGACUAUACGUCACAUGGGUCUGUCUCUGUUCAAGGUCUAAUUUGCAAAUUUUUGCUGGGGUUUUACUCUAAACCCUUCACCGAAACACACACACAGUGAUCUUUUUUACAUUCAUUGUAGCGUUAUUCCACCAAUCUUGCUACAAACACAGGGUUUAGAAGAAAUUUCUUGAACCCAAAUAGAAAAAGACUAUGACUUUGUUUUGGA